AUGAUGAUGUGCGAGGUAAUGCCCACCAUUUCUGAGGAUGGGCGAAGUGGAACCGGCGGGGGCCCCUCCUCGCCUGCUGGGUCAGGGGUCGGGGGCACAGGAGGUGCUUCGGCGGGCGGAGGCUUCAGCGGGAGGGAGCCCAGGAGCGGAGGAGACGAAGGGGGCAGCACGGGGAACCUGGAGUCCCUGAUGGUCAACAUGCUGACGGAGAGGGAGAGGCUGCUGGAGAACCUGAGGGAGACCCAGGACUGCCUGGGAACAGCUCAGCUCCGCCUCCGCGAGCUCGGCCACGAGAAGGAGUCGCUCCAAAGGCAGCUGUCCAUUGCUCUGCCACAGGAGUUUGCUGUGUUGACUAAAGAGCUGAACGUUUGCCGGGAGCACCUUCUGGAGAGGGAGGAGGAGAUCUCGGAGCUCAAGGCGGAGAGAAACAACACACGUCUGCUGCUGGAGCACCUGGAGUGUCUGGUGUCUCGCCACGAGCGCAGUCUGAGGAUGACGGUGGUGAAGAGACAAGCCCAGUCGCCCGCGGGAGUCUCCAGCGAGGUGGAAGUCCUCAAGGCCCUCAAGUCUCUGUUCGAGCACCACAAGGCCCUAGAUGAGAAGGUGCGAGAGAGGCUCCGCGUGGCCCUUGAGAGGGUUUCCUUGUUAGAGGAUCAACUCGCAACAUCUUCUCAAGAGGUAAUCUCUUUAAAAGACCAAAUUAAAAGACGUCAACAAGGGCCGGACGGCGGGAAAGAUCGACUACCCAACGGCCCCUCCUCUGGCCUGGAGGACAGCGACCUGGAGAGACAGAGAGAGGGAGAGAUAGAGCGACAGAGGUCGGAACUCUCCCAGCUGAGGGAGAGGCUGGCCCUCAUGUGCCGGCAGGUUGGGGAAAUAGAGGAACAGCUUGCAGCCGCCAGGAGGGAGGUGACGAAGUCGGAGGAGGCCAAUCUGAAGCUCCAAAGGGAAGUGAAAGAGGCUCUUUGCCAAAGGGAGGACAUGGAGGAAAGGAUCACAACAUUAGAACGCAGGUACCUCAGUGCCCAGAGGGAGGCGACUUCUCUCCAUGAUAUCAAAGACAAGCUGGAGAAUGAACUGGCCAGCAAGGAGUCCCUGCACAGACAGAGUGAAGAGAAGAACAGACAGCUACAGGAGCGGCUGGAUGAGGCCAAGCAGAAGCUCCAGCAGACCCUGCAGAGGGCCGAGACGUUGCCUGAGAUCGAGGCCCAGCUCGCCCAAAGAGUAGCCGCUCUCAACAAGGCAGAAGAGCGCCACGGAAACUUCGAGGAACGGCUACGGCAAAUGGAGGCUCAACUCGAAGAGAAGAAUCAAGAACUACAGAGGGCGAGGCAGAGGGAGAAGAUGAACGACGAACACAACAAACGUCUCUCGGACACAGUGGACAAGCUUCUGUCCGAGUCCAACGAGAGACUGCAGCUCCACCUCAAAGAGAGGAUGGCAGCACUAGAGGAGAAGAACGCUCUUUCAGAGGAGCUGUCCAAUAUGAAGAAAAUCCAGGAUGAUCUUAUCGCCAAUAAGGAGACGCUGCUCGCGGAGCUGGAGCGAAUCCAAGUGGAGCUGGAUCAGCUGAGAGGCCGGCCUGGCUCUUAUUCCAGGGCCGGCAGCGUGAGCUCACUUCCCUCCACCCUAUUUCGAAGAUCUCUCCCCGGGAGCGCCUCAGAGCUGCGGUACCCCCAGGGGGGAGGCUCGCUCCCGGCCGGCUACAGCAACUCCAAUAGUGGGGUGGUGGUCAGGCGGUCGCACCGCGGACGCUGGGGGCAGUCCAGAGACGACAAUAACAAGUAUGGAGAUUGGGACAGCGGGAGUAUGCUGGGUCCUGGGUAUGACGGCGGUGUGGACGGAGGCUGCUCCGAUGACGAGGACGACAGAGAGACUCUGUUUGGGUCGGAGCUUCUCUCUCCCAGCGGACAGACGGAUGUGCAGACCUUGGCCAUCAUGCUACAGGAACAACUGGAGGCCAUUAACAAGGAGAUCAAGCUGAUUCAGGAGGAGAAGGAGAGCACGGAGCUGAGGGCCGAGGAGAUCGAGAACCGGGUCAGCAGCGUGGCCCUUGACGGCCCUCUUCCGCCCUCCUCACUGGGAGGACGGGACAGCGUUGGGCGGGGCUACAUGACACCCUCCAUCACCUCCUCCACGUUGGCGUCUCCCUCACCGCCCAGUUCUGGACAUUCCACCCCCCGCCUGCCGCACUCCCCCGCCAGGGAAACGGACAGACAGAAUAGCAAAGAUGGUGAAGAAUGCAGAGCACUUGCCCUGAUUGACUCCAACCCUCCCUCGGUUCCUCGCGCUCUACGAUUGGACCGAAUGACACACACUCACCCGGGGGCCGGCCUCGACGACCACCGUGAAUACCGCAGUCUCUCUGCCGAUGGCGCUAUCACUGCUAGCCAGGAUUCCCUCCACAAAGCCAGCAAAAAGAAAAGCAUUAAGUCGUCAAUCGGCCGCCUCUUUGGCAAAAAGGAAAAGGGGAGGAUCGGGGCACCUGGGCGAGAGUCGUCCUCACAGGCCUCCACUCCGUCUGAUGACCUGGGCUCUGCGGACCCUCUAGGCCUGGCCAAACUUGGGACUGGAACAGUGGAAAAAGACCGCCGUAGCAAAAAGAAGCACGACCUGUUGGAGGAGGCCUGUCGUCAGGGUCUGCCUUUCGCCUCGUGGGACGGCCCCACUGUUGUCACAUGGCUCGAGCUGUGGGUGGGGAUGCCCGCGUGGUACGUGGCAGCGUGCCGCGCCAACGUGAAGAGCGGCGCCAUCAUGGCCAACCUCUCGGACACAGAGAUCCAGAGGGAGAUUGGCAUCAGCAACCCGCUGCACAGGCUGAAGCUCCGCCUGGCCAUCCAGGAGAUGGUCUCCCUCACCAGUCCGUCCGCACCUGCAAGCACCCGCUCUUCGACCAGUAAUAUAUGGAUGACGCAUGCUGAGAUGGAGUCUCUUGCUGCUGCCACCAAACCAGAGCAGAAAGAGUUCAGCUGGGACCAGAUCCUGGCCUAUGGAGACAUGAACCACGAGUGGGUGGGAAACGAGUGGCUGCCAAGCCUGGGUCUCCCCCAGUACCGCUCCUACUUCAUGGAGUCCCUGGUGGACGCCCGCAUGCUGGAUCAUCUCACCAAGAAGGAGCUGAGGGGCCAGCUGAAAAUGGUGGACAGUUUCCACAGGGUGAGUCUCCACUAUGGUAUCAUGUGCUUGAAGCGCUUGAACUAUGACAGGAAGGAGCUGGAGCGGAGGAGGGACGACAGCCAACAUCAGAAUCAAGAUGUGAUGGUGUGGUCCAAUGAGCGCGUGAUGUGCUGGGUGCAGUCGAUCGGGCUGAAAGAGUUUGCGGACAACCUGUUGGAAAGCGGCGUGCACGGGGCCCUCCUGGCGCUGGACGACACCUUCGACUACACCGACUUGGCGCUGCUCCUGCAGAUACCCAAUCAGAACACACAGGCGAGGCAGCUCCUCGAGAAGGAGUACAACACCCUGAUCUCCAUUGGAACAGAGAGGAGGCCAGAUGAGGACGGCACAAAAACCUUUACACGGUCGCCGUCGUGGAGAAAGAUGUUCCGGGAGAAGGACCUCCGCGGCGUGACCUCGGACUCCUCAGAAACGUUACCUGCCAACUUCCGUGCCUCCGCCAUCUCCACUCCCUCUGUCACCCUGAGAAAAGUGCAGAGUGAAGUAAACUCUGGUCCAAGGGGAGAGUCGGCGUCCGUGAGAACGUAUUCCUGCUAA